CGAAAAUGAUCAACCGAUCGAUAGAUACAGCGGGUAAGAAAAUGAAUCGUCGAAGACGUUCGAAUAAAGUUUUCAACGACAGCCUCGAAAUCGUAAUCUUUUUUUAUCCUGGUCACCGCCGGUUCAAAUUCCACUUGAACAGCGUACAGAGGGAAUGGGGGGGAAAAAAAUAGAAACGAGUUAGAGCGAGAGAGUAGAGUCGCCUUCCCGGAAGGCUGGCGCGUAGUUCUCCGCAGGAUUAUAUCGUCGGGGAGUAAAGCCUAUUGCUGAUAACUCGUCGUAGGGACUAUUUCUGUCCCCUGAUUGGUCGUCGAAGGGCUGGUAAGAAGGGAGGCGCCCCGAGGCGAGCGCCCUUGAGCCGCUCGUUCUCGAGUCCCGUAAUUCAAACGGUCGCUGCAGUCCCCCUCGACGCCGCCUAUUAUUCCCAAAGUGCGCAGGAGCUCGACAGGGUCAGCUGAGUGAAAAAUAUUCCCGCUUCAUUACGGUGCUAAAUUCAUCUCCCCCCAUCAAACCCACCUCGUUCCGAUAAAACAUCAUCGAGCGCACGAAUAAUGACGCAAAGUUUCCGAAUUCUGAUUCGCGGAAUUUCAGACCAGUGUUGACGGUCCGUCCGCCCUUUACGUCGACCGGUAAUACAACUCGAUUCGCGAAGGGACGAGAAGUCAACUGGCAGGAAGGAAUGGUCUUGGCUGCAUCGCGGGGGAUUGAGCUCAAAUUCUGGGCAUCGAGGUAAAAAUGAUCGGACUUCAGUGCUCGGUCUUCGUUACUUCGGUUUUGUUGGUGACAGUGCUGACAGAUGCGGUGGGAGGCCAACAUGUCCGCGAGAGAAGUCGGAUUCCCCACAGAGGAUUACCGCAGAAGCACCUUCUUCCCUGCGAGCAGGGAUCGUGCUAUCCCGCGACCGGAGAUUUGCUGAUCGGAAGGGAAAGCAAACUGACCGCUUCUUCUACUUGUGGCAUGAGAGGACCGGAGAGAUUUUGCAUCGUGUCUCAUUUGAAGGAGAGAAAAAAAUGUUUCUACUGCAACGGUGACAUACCGAAACAGCAGCAUCGGGUGGAGAACAUCGUUCACAAAUACGUACCCGGAACCAAUCAAGAGUCCUGGUGGCAGUCGGAAAACGGUGUGGAAAACGUCACGUUGCGAUUGGAUCUGGAGGCGGAAUUCCACUUCACGCAUAUCAUCAUUAAAUUUCACACCUUUCGUCCGGCGGCAAUGCUGAUAGAACGUUCGUACGAUUUUGGCAAAACCUGGCAAGUCUACAAAUACUUCGCUCACAAUUGCGCCCAGUCGUUUCCCGGUGUCCCGACCACUCCGCCGCGAAAAUUGACCGACGUAGUCUGCGACUCGAGAUACUCGACGGUGGACCCGUCGACCGAUGGCGAAAUCAUCUUCAGGGUUUUGUCGCCGAACGUUCAGAUCGACAAUCCGUACUCCAAGGAGGUCCAGAAUCUCCUGAAGAUGACCAAUCUCAGGAUAAACUUCACCAGACUUCACACACUGGGCGACGAUUUGCUGGACAACCGGGCGGAGAUCAGAGAAAAGUAUUACUACGCCAUCAAGGACAUGGUGGUCAGAGGCUCCUGUUCCUGCUACGGACACGCGUCCAGGUGUCUCCCGCUUCCCGGAAUACCUCAGAGACAGGACAUGGUCCACGGACGUUGCGAGUGUACCCACAACACCAAGGGUCUGAACUGCGAGAUGUGCGAAGAUUUUUACAGCGAUCUACCCUGGAAACCUGCUGUUGGGAAACAGACGAACGCUUGCAAGAAAUGCAACUGCAACGGCCACUCGAACACCUGCCAUUUCGAUCCGGCCCUCUACGAAAGAUCGGGAAGAAUUUCGGGCGGUGUCUGCGACGACUGUCGUCACAACACCAGGGGACAGAAUUGCGAACAGUGCAUGGAGUUCUUCUAUCACGAUCUCGCGAGGGACAUCAGCGACCCCGAAGCCUGUCAACCCUGCGACUGCGACUUGACCGGUUCACUGGACGACGGAAUCUGCGACUCUCUCAGCGACACGCUGAGCGGCGAAGAAUCCGGUCGUUGUCAUUGCAAAUUGAACGUGGAAGGCCGACGAUGCGAUCGCUGCAAGACUGGCUUCUGGAAUUUCACAUCCGAAAACCCGGAGGGUUGCCAAGCAUGCACUUGCAACACUCUGGGAACCAUCGGAAACCUCGGUUGCGACGUGGACGACGGAAGGUGCACCUGCAAGUCGUGGGUGACGGGGCGCGAUUGCGAUCAGUGUUUCCCGGAGUUUUGGGGUCUCUCCGAGGACACCGACGGCUGCAAACCGUGCGGCUGUGACCUCGGUGGCGCCUACGACAACUCCUGCGACGUCGUCACUGGGCAAUGCAGAUGCAGACCACACGUGGACGGAAGGGCUUGCGAUCGGCCCGAGCAAAAUCACUACACGGUUUCGCUCGACUUUUUGGUCUACGAGGGAGAAGGGGGACUUUCGAACCGAAGCCAGGUCGUCGUUCGUGAAGCCUACCGCGACGGCAGACCUCCGACUUGGACCGGAGAGGGCUUCAUGAGGGCCUUCGAGGGCUCGAGUCUCGAGUUCGUAAUCGACGACGUCAGAAAAUCGAUGGAGUACGACGUGAUAGUGCGCUACGAGCCCGAGCUCCCCGGUUUGCUGGAGGAGGCCGACGUUUCCAUCAGACGAGAGGAGGAAGUCGAUCCCGAGGGACCCUGCGCCGAUUGGGAACCCGGCUACGACGAGCUGACCGUUCGGAUUCCGGCGAAUUCUCGGAGCGCCGUUGCCGUUCCGUCGGUCUGCUUGGAAGAGGGGAAGAAGUACGUCGUCGUACUUCAGUUCAAAAAGUCGUUCGACCGAACGAGCGGUCCGGCCGCUUCGAUACUGGUCGACUCCAUAGUUCUGAUGCCCAGGCUGGCGGAUAUCCCCUUUUUCAAAGGAUCGAAACCAGCGGAAAUGCGGAGAGAGGAAUUCGAGCGACAUCGCUGCGACGAGGUAUACCACAACGUUGUGUCGACCGGCGGAUCGAACAGCGUCGACAUCUGCGCGAAAUAUCGAAAGAGCAUCGGCUACUACGUUUUCGACGGGGCGUAUUCUUGCGAAUGCAAUCCGACCGGAUCCCACAGUUUACUCUGUCAGCAAUACGGCGGUUCCUGUCCUUGCAAAGCGAACGUCGUUGGGCGUCGUUGCGAUCAGUGCGCUCCCGGUACGUACGGUUUCGGUCCCGGUGGUUGCGUGCCGUGCGGAUGCGACAGCGUCGGUUCGGAGGAUAAUUUUUGCGACGCGAAAACCGGAAGGUGCAAAUGCCGUCCGAACACCUACGGCCGCACGUGCGGCGAGUGCGAACCCGGCUUCUGGAACUUCCCUCGUUGCCAGAGGUGCGAGUGUCACGGGCACGCGGAAACCUGCGACUCCGUGACGGGCGCUUGUCAAGGUUGCAGGGAUUUCACGACCGGACAUCACUGCGACCGUUGCGCCGAGACGUUCUACGGUGAUCCGAGAAUCGGCGUCGACAUACCGUGCAGGUCUUGCCCCUGCCCGGGAACGAUAGACUCCGGUCAUUCGUACGCCGAGAGUUGUUCCCUGGAUCCGGUCACUCAGGACGUGGUGUGCGAAUGUCACGCGGGUUACGCGGGUUCCAGAUGCGAAAUUUGCGCCGACAAUUAUUUCGGCAAUCCCGACGUACAGACGGGCAGUUGCGUUCCCUGCGACUGCAGCAACAACACGGAUCCGAGGAGGUCGGGAAAUUGCAAUCCUCACACGGGACGGUGUCUCCAGUGUCUUUACAACACGGACGGUCCGAAUUGUCAGAUUUGCAAAGCCGGAUUCUACGGCGACGCUUUCGAACAGGACUGCAGGGAGUGCAACUGCGACGUACUCGGCACCGAUCAACGAGCCGGUCCGUGCGUUCACAGAACUGGACAGUGCCCCUGUCUUCCGAACGUUGUCGGUCAACGUUGCGACGCUUGCGCCGAAAAUCAUUGGAGGAUAGCGAGCGGCGAGGGAUGCGAUCCUUGCGACUGCGACGGAAUCGGAAGCGUUUCCGACAGGUGCAACGAGUACGACGGCACCUGCGAAUGCAAACCGGGCUUCGGCGGCAGGCGAUGCAACCAGUGCCAAGCGAACUACUGGGGCAAUCCUAAUCUGGAAUGUCGACCGUGCGAGUGCGACGUCACGGGAUCUUCGACCGAGCAGUGCGACAGGGAAACGGGGGCCUGCGUUUGCCACGACGGAAUCGGUGGCGACAAAUGCGACCACUGCGAUCGCGGCUACGUCGGUUUCGCUCCGAAUUGCAGCCCCUGCGGAGAGUGCUUCGAAAAUUGGGACGAGAUUUUGGUGGGAUUGGCCAACCAAACGCGAGAUCUGGUGGACUCGGCAUCGAGGAUCCAGGACGUCGGCACCACCGGCGCUUACGGUCAGGAGUUCGAGGAUAUGGAGGAGGCUUUGAAUCAGGUCGAAGGACUCGUGGGCAACACCAGUGUGAAAAACGAAGAUCUCCAAGGUCUGCUGGACAUCGCUCGCGAACUCAACGAUACUCUGUUAUUCGCGGUGCCGGCUUUGGACGAACUCGACGAAUUUCAGGAGGCCAUCGGUCGACGAAUCAGUCUCGGAGACGUCGCUCUUCAGAACAUGAGAAACAGGACGUCGAGUUUGAUUCAGGCCGCCUUCGAACUACAGGGCAACGCUACAGCUCUGCAAGAGGCUGACCUUUACGGCGCUCUCAACGUGACCCAUCAAAUGGCCGAACAGUCCAGACUGGCCGAAGCUCUGGCCGAAAGUUCGACGAGCGUUUUGGCCGACGCCGACAGAUAUCACAAGAAUACGGAGAAUUUUUUAACGAAGUCUUCGACAUCGUUCAUCGACAUGUUCAACGAGAACGAAGAUUCCCUGGAAAAAUUGGACAACAAACUGACGCAGUUCAACGAACUUAUUCCCGGUAUGAAUCUCGACAUAUGCGGUAAACGAGUCGAGGAAUGCGACGAACUAUGCGGGGGUGCCGGAUGUGGUUUUUGCGGAGGUCAUUCGUGCGACGCGGGUGCCGUUACGGAUUCCGAACGUGCUCUGGACCUCGCAAAGCAAAGAUCCCUGGGUCUGAAGAAGCACAAGGACGAGGGUGAGCAGCUUUUGAGAAGGAUGCUCCGAACGAAGGACAACGCCAGACUGGCGAGGUCCGACGCGGAAAGCGCGUUCCAGGUUGCGUUCAACGUUUACAACAGGUCGAACAAAGUUUCCAAGGACAUUUCGAACUUGGAAGAAAAAAUUAGCGGCGUUCUGAACGAGGACCAGCCGACUCCGUCGAUGGUCAGGGAGCUGGCCCUGAGCGUGCUGAAGAAGAACAUAAUCCUGAAUCCCGAGGAGAUCAGGGAUCUGGCGAACAGCAUAAAAAGCAUAGUCGGUUCUCUCACGGACUCGGAUCAGAUUCUGGAUGACACGGAGGAGGAUCUCCAGACGGCGGAAGUCCUUCUGGAGGACGCUGAGAGUGCGAAGAACUUGGCCGAAGCUCAGAGCGUGCUGGUGGGAAACGUCGUGGUACUAUUAUCAGAGGCGGAAGUAGCAGCGGGGAGCGUCGAGUCCGCUAUAGAAAAUAUCGAGCUGGACAUAUCGGCGUCCCGAGAAGAUCUGAGCGAAAUAUUCAGCGCGGUAGAAGCCACGGGCGAAAUCGCCGACAACAGCACGGCUGGAAUAGCUGAAUUGGAGAGUCGAUUGACCGAACUGCAGACUCAGGUGGUGAAGAACGACUUCAUAUUGACUCAAGAAAUCGAAUCGGAAGUAAAAAGCACCGCGGAAGAAGCGGAGGCCACGAAAUCGAAGAGUGAGAAGCUGGCCGCUGAUUUCGUCGGGGCGAGCGAUUCUCUGGGUAGCAACGCUGAGAAGAACAGCGGCAAAAUUUUGAGGGCUAAAAUGCUCCUUCAGCGCGCAUCCGAACUCGCCGCCGAUACCGCGACAAAGUUUAAGGACAUCAACGGCAUGGAAGGGGCUUACGCGGAGAACGAAAAAACAUUGGAAGAUCUUGUGGCGGAAGUUGAAUCGCUGACGCAGCAAAUGGAACAACAUUUCAUCGAGAUACAACAAAAAUCUCAAACUUACAAUCGCUGCUUGACUUGAACUGUUUGGCAUUUUUUUUUUUCUAUAUUUUUUAUAGUUGUAAAUAAUUUUACGAAUUUUAUACGUAACUGCUGAUACCAAAAAUCAUAUUCAUCUAUCAUAAGGUACCUGUAUCUGAACUGAAACAUACGUUUGAUAUGUACUUCUUUCUGUCUUUUGUUUAAUUUUAUUCCAAUAUGGAUAUAUUUAUAGCGGACAGUCGGUAGAAAGUUGUCAUCGCAACCCAGGGGAGAUGUGAAAUUGUUUGAAUAAAGAUUUCACGAUUUCUAUUGAAAUUCGGUACCGCCGGGAUUUCGGAACGCGAACUUUACCGUGAAAAUUUAAUAUUGUAAACCCGCCUUGACGACAGCACGUGGUUUUUUGAUCGCGCCUACUUCCUGUUAGUCGAAGCUCGUGCCUUGCAGACUGAGGCUAUCUCAACCGGAGUUACACAAAGAUAACGGCCCACGCGUUCUUCCUUCCUCCGAAAGAGCCACAUUUUAUUACCCACGUUACGAUGUUAACGGACGAACUCGAUUAUUCUGAAAAUGUCGGGUGAAAUAUUCGAUUUCUCGAUCACAAGCAAUAGGCAACGUCUCUCGGUUUGAGAAUUACAUCUCAUCCAGGUCGAAGAAUUUGACCUCUUCGAAUCCGUUUGAAAAAUUAUGCGUUUCAUGAAUAUUUCUUGCAGCCGCCGAUGAUUCCGCGGCAAUCUAUCUGCGGAGGCACUGGAACGGCGGCGAAGAUAAGAAUGCUCCGAUAUGAUUUUCAGGAAGCGAAUAAUAAAUCAAUGCAUGGGGAAAAAGACGAACGAUCGAAAUUGACUGCAGAUUAUAAAGCGACGUGAAUCAGGCCCGCGGUUCUAUUUCUGUAAUCUACAACAACAACGAAAAAAUAAAUAUAAAGGU